CUUGAGCCCAGGGCUUUGCUCCGUUUCCGUAGCAACGGUCUCCGGAACGGAUAAAUGGCCACCUAGUGAUUUGUCGGACUGUGCCGGGUCUGGGCCGCUUGUUCCCAACUCGUAAAGCGUUGCAGCUCGGUAGACCCGAUGUUUCAUGGAACAAUCACAGAAGAGCUAACCAAUCAUAGAGAAUGGAGUCACUAUAAUGAAAAUAUAAUGGAAGAUCAAAAAGAUUUUGUUUUUGUGAAGUUCAGUGGCCUUCAUUUAAAAUCUAUGGAAAGUUUUCAAUCUUGUAUAUCUCUUAGAGUGUGCAUCUUCUCAAACAAUUUUAUUACAGAUAUUCGUCCACUUCAGAGUUGUAUAAAAUUAGUCAAACUUGAUCUCCAUGGAAAUCAGAUCAAGAGUCUACCAGAUACCAGGUUUUGGAGUGGAUUGAAGAACCUAAAACUCCUCUAUCUACAUGACAAUGGGUUUGCAAUGUUAAAGAAUGUAUGUAUGUUAUCUGCUUGUCCAAGCCUCAUUGCCCUCACUAUGUUUGAUUGUCCAGUAAGCCUUAAAAAAGGAUAUAGACAUGUUCUUGUCAACAGUAUAUGGUCUCUCAAAGCGCUGGAUCAUCAUGUGAUUUCUGAUGAAGAAAUAAUUCAGAACUGGCAUCUUCCUGAAAGAUUCAAAACAUAUAACCACCGACUUUUCUUUAAUUUCUGCCCUGCUUUGAAAAAGGGAUCAACCUAUGAGGAUGAAAUUGAUAAUAUCAAAUGUAUUAUUUCAAAAAUUAAUGAAAUUCUGGCUCAUAACUCACCAGUUUUGAUUGUUCAAAGAUGGAUGCGUGGUUUCUUAGUUAGGAAAAAAGUGAGCCACUUGUUCUUGUAUAAAAAACAUCAGGAAAAAACUAUUAGUGAAAGUGAAAAAGAAUGGAUUUACAAACACAAAGGAUUUGAAGAUAAGCUCUUUAAGGAUCUCUUUUUUCAGCCUGGAACCAAUAUAACAGAAAAGCUUGCACAUUGGAAACAUAAUAUACAUUCUUCUGUUGAUUUAAAAUAUUCUAGUGAACAGAGAAAACAUGUUUCUUCUAUUUUAUAUGAAUUAAAAACAGGAAAACCAAGACAUCUCAUUCAAAAAGGUCAGAAAGAGUCUGAAGAUAAAAUUGAGGAUGAAGAAUUGGAUGUCAGUUUUAGGAUAUCAGUGUUCAAACUACCAAUACAUACUUCAGAUUCACUGAGGUAUGCUGCAUUAUUGAAAGCAAAAGAAAAAGAUUCUUUUCCUAUGUAUACCCAGCCACUUUCUACCACUCAUCAAAAACCAGUAAUUAAAAUAAAAGACAUGCUGUUGGAGAAGAGUGUAAGAAGAGAGUUUUUUACAACACAAAGAACUGGUAUGAAACUCCAAGCACUUUAUGAUAUUGAUAAAUAUUGCUCAGAACAAAAGAAGCAGGCAAGCUAUAAAAAUAAAGUAACACCUGUAAGCAUGGCACAAGUGGCCCAAGAACGAGUUAGAUUAACUAUUCAAGAAAAUUUAAAUAAGAAAAUAUAUACUACGCAUAAACUAACUGCAAGAGAUAAUAAGACCAUUCAGAAUGGUUUACAACGACUUUGGCAGGACAGAUCCACCUACCUUGAGAAAGUUAAAGAGAGGAGAGUUCUGUUUCUGGAAGAAAAAAAACAAAAGGCUAAAGACCGUUUAUUAAUUCAAAACUUAAAUAAUGAGCGCACUCUUUUGACCAAAGAAAUGACUAAAAUUGACAGAUUGAAGAAGAAGCAGGCUGUCUUAAAAGAGAAGAGCCUAAUUGUGCAGCAAAAACUGGCAACUGAAAAAUAUCAAAAGGAUUUACUUAAACAAAUGAAGGAAAUUAGGGCUCAAGAAAUAUAUAAAAGACACUGUGAAGAAAAAUUUGUUAAUGAUAUGAUUGCCUGUCAAAAAGCUUGUGAAAGAUUUCAAGAUGCUAAAACAAAAGCUGCAAUUGUGAAAAAGAAUUUAAUCCUUAAAGUUCCUGAUGGAAUGACAAAGUGA